UGGGUUACAGGUACUUGUGGUCUGGCUGUGGCACUUCCUCACUACCUGUUACAGGUAGUACCAUCCCAUGCCCAGGAAGUAUGGGAAAGUUCACUCAGGGAUGAGCCUUGCUUGUGUGGAAAUAGACAGAAUGAGUGUAAAACCUGUAACUACCUCACCAGAGAAAACAGAGGAAGAUUUACCCUGUGUUAAAAUCUCAGGAACUCAGACCGUGGAAAAGGAGAAAAAAUAUGUGGUCUAUAAAGUGGUAGUCAAUUUUGGAGACUUUUCAUGGUUCAUCUUCAGAAGAUACAAUGAAUUUCAUAGCUUGUACGAAAAGUUGAAGAAAUUGUUCCCUGAGGCAAGUCUUCGUCUCCCUGGUAAGAAGAUCUUUGGUAACCUUGACCCUGACUUUAUACAGCAGCGACGCGAGGGAUUAGACAUCUUCAUCCAGGAGCUUGUCACCAACCCCAAGCUUUCACAGCAUCCGGAAGUGCGAGCUUUCCUGAAUCUGGAUAAUCCGCGGAAUGUGCAGGACUCUGUAGACAACUUUGAUGAUUCGGAAGCCAUGAAUGAAAGAGAUGUCAACCCGGUCAAUUUAGGACCCAGUGAAAAGAAAACUGUUAAACCCAGUGAUUUUGAAUUCCUAAAAGUUAUUGGAAAGGGGAGUUUUGGGAAAGUAUUACUAGCAAGAAAUAAAAAUGAGGGGAACAUUUAUGCCAUCAAAGUGCUACAAAAACAGGCAAUCAUGAAACGGAAUGAAGUGAAACAUAUUAUGUCAGAACGGAAUGUACUGCUGAAAAAUGUCAAACAUCCAUUUCUAGUGGGACUUCACUACUCAUUCCAAACAGUGGAUAAAUUAUACUUUGUUCUGGAUUAUGUUAAUGGAGGAGAGCUGUUUUUCCAUCUUCAGAGGGAGCGAUAUUUUCCAGAACAACGAGCCAAAUUUUAUGCUGCUGAAAUGGCCAGUGCCAUUGGUUACCUGCAUUCCUUAAACAUUAUCUACAGAGAUCUCAAGCCAGAAAAUAUUCUUCUAGAUUCUAAGGGUCAUAUAACACUUACAGAUUUUGGUCUGUGUAAGGAGGGGAUCGAGGGCAUGGGGACGACCAACACUUUCUGUGGGACACCAGAGUACCUGGCCCCUGAAGUGUUGCGGAAGCAGCCCUAUGAUAAGACAGUAGAUUGGUGGUGUCUGGGGGCCGUUAUGUACGAAAUGAUGUAUGGACUGCCCCCGUUCUACAGUCGGGACACAGCUGAGAUGUAUGACAAUAUCCUAUAUAAACCGCUCCGACUACGAACUAACGUAUCACAGUCUGCGAGACAGAUAUUAGAUGGGUUAUUACAAAAAGAGAAGGAACAGAGACUGGGCUCAAAGAGGGAUUUCCAGGAGAUCCGCAAUCAUAAUUUCUUUGCUGACAUGAAUUGGGACGAUCUGGACGGCAAGAAGAUUAAUCCUCCAUAUAACCCCAACGUGAGUGGUCAGCUUGAUUUAAAGCACUUUGAUCCAGAAUUUGUUCGAGAACCAGUACCUGCUUCAGUUGGAAAGUCUGUAGGGAGCUGUAAGCUAGUUAGCGCCAGUGUGAUGGAAGCUGACAACAUGUUCCAAGGAUUUUCUUAUGUCCCUCCUGCAGAAGAUGCCUUCAGCUAGGACCAACUGUUGUCUGCUUCUGUCAUCAUCCCUGUGCAUAUAGUCUGUGAUUGGUCAGCACAUCUUACAUCACAACCAAUGAACAAAUAGCUGAGUGGAAACUGCUGAGUGGGAGAUCCUAAGACUUGUUUGUGAUUGCUUAAAGAAGGAUACUGUUAAUUUAAGGAUUGUUGUUGGGUUGUUCGUUGAAUGAUUAAUGGUAGGAGUCCCCAGCUUUGUGCUGUUCAGCAAUAAUAGGGAGAUAGGUUGUUUCUGUGAUCCUGUGACACAAUAAUGUCUUUCAGCAACUGUUUUACAGACUGAAGAAGUGAAUCUUGUCUGAUUCGGUGGAGGUGAUGGAUUUUCAUCAAUAUGUACAUCCUAUGUCUGUUGUUGAUUGACAGACAAAAUAUACUGGUCAAUUUGUUAAAAACAACGAUAUCUGACAAACAGUCGUAAACUGGUCAGUUUUGUGACCCAUUUUCUACUUGGUUACAAGUACAUUCAUGUUUGUAAUUUAUUGUUUAUUUUCCCAUCAAUUGUAUUCCAGAAUCAGUAUAAAGCAUAUUCUUUUUAUUCUAAUAUUUUCAAUAUUUUAUUGUUUUGUGCCUUCUCUCUUGCUUUUUGAUAUUUGAAAGUUGAUUGUGUCAAUUUAUAGGGCAGAUACCUUUAGCAUUAUAUCACAUUUUAUCUUUGUAUCAUGGAAAUAUAGAAUUUUGAUUCAUGUUGAUAUAAUUUAGUAUUUCAAAAAAUUUUCCAUCCAUUCUAAAUGCACGGAUAAAACACAACGAACUUCUAUGUACAUCCUAUAAUGAAAUGACUGGUCCCGGUUUUAUUUUUAUAUUGUUCACACAAACUAAUGAAUUACAUAUCAGAAAUCAUGAACCUGUCAUUUUACUAGUGGUAUUGUCCACAUAUUGUGGGCCAGUUUUACAUUUUGCCAGAAGAUUUUUUUAUAUAAACAUUAUAGGUGCUGUGAUAUUUAUCUGCCAGUAUCGCUAGGGGCAGAUAACUACCAGUAUUGCUAUGGGCAGAUAACUGCCUUGUCCAGCCAGAACUCUGGUGGUUUAUUUCUGGAACAGUGAUACUGUGAUUUUUUAAUACAAAAAUAUUGUUAUUUGUUUAAUAUAUUGUUAUUGAGCAACAUGUGUAUAUGAAAUACUCAAUGUGCAAUUGAUUAUACAAUGAGGAAUCAAAUGACAAUAAAACAGAUAUAAAAAGUUACAA